UACAGUUGGCAUUUGUUCAGUUCGUUUGAUGCAUAAAAUCACAACAGUCAAAAGGAGAACAAAAUUAAAUAAAAGUUGUAACGAAACACAAAAAUUUACUGUAAGCGAAGCAGAAGAUGUCGAGUAGAACAUUGCUGGGAAUAACCAUGGGCACAGCCGGUGCAAUACUUUUAGGAUAUUGCAUCUAUCUUGAUCAGAAGCGACGAGCUGAUCCCGAGUACAAACGCAAAUUACACGAUCGACGACAACACACUGAAAAGGCCCAAGACAUGAAAGAUGAUCACAAUGACAAUCAAUUGACCGAGUGCCCAAUGGAAGAGCCUCUCGGUGAGGUGAGCGAUCAUUUGGCACUGGAGCAUUGCUUUGAGAGUGAGAUGAAGAUGGGCGAACAGUUGAUUUGUCAGGGCAACAUUGCGGAUGGUGUCACGCAUUUUGCCAACGCGAUUAUGAUGUGCGCUCAUCCAUUGCCAGUGCUUCAAACAAUCCAAGAAUCUCUGCCGGAUUUCGUAUUUAUGCCAUUGCUAAUGAAACUCACCGAACUGCAGAGCAACAGCAGCUCGACCAAGGACAAUUCAACCACCAGCAUACAGGAGUAUGCUUGAUUAACUUUUUCCAAAUCCAAAACCGAUAACUCAAAGCCCUGCUAUGUCCAUCCAUCCCACACGUAACUGUGCCCAGAGAAAUUGAAAUUUAUGUUGCCAUUUCGGAAACUCUCCAGGAUAUAUAAUCAGAUUACUAUUACUUUUCGAACUUUCUAAUUUAUAAUUGCAUACCAAUAAAUUCUUAUAUUCA